AUGGUAUCUAUGCCUUUAGCUAAUCACUUUAUGUUAAGUAAAUCUCAAAGCCCCAAGUCUGAUUCUGAGUUGAUUAAAAUGGAAAAUGUACCUUAUUCUAAUGCAAUAGGUUCAGUUAUGUACGCUAUGAUUAGUACUAGACCAGACCUGUCCUUUGCUAUUUCUCUGCUUAGUAUGUUUAUGUCUAAUCCUGGAACUGAACAUUGGUAUGCAUUAAAGUGGUUGUUGAGGUAUAUCAAUAGUACAUCUCAUGUUGGUUUGGAAUAUUGUAAGAGAGGUAAUGCACUUGAUCUUAUGGGGUUUGUAGAUUCUGAUUUUGCAGGAGAUAGGGAUACUAGGAAGUCAACAACCUCUUAUUUCUUCACUUUUGGUGGAAAUUGUGUGAGUUGGAAGUCUCAGCUACAACCAAUUGUAGCACUAUCCACAACUGAGGCAUAA